AUGACUGACCAAACAAAAAUGAUAAUUAUAACAUCAGAUGAGAAUAUUAUUCGUCAAUUUGCUUUUAACAAGAAUAAAAAUACUACUCAUAUUAUUGAUAUGGAUAAUAAUAAUAGACAAAUCAUACCAAUUGAAAAAAAUAAUAAUCAUACGAUUAAUUUGAAUUUUCAUCCUGAAUUAACAAGAAAUAAUCAAAUUCAUAAGCGAACAAUUAACACUAUUGAUCAUAAUCAAUCAAAAACAGUUAAAACACGAAAAAAAUUAACUGAUCUCAUUUGUACUAUUUGUGGUGAUCAUGCUAUUGGAUAUAAUUAUGCAGUUCUUUCAUGUGGAUCAUGUAAAGCUUUUUUUCAUCGAAAUGGUCAACAAGAUUUGAAAAGAUUUAAAUGUUUAAUGAAUCAUAAUCAGUGUGUAAUUGAUUAUAAAAUAAGUCGUAAAUGUUAUCGAUGUCGAUUAGAACGAUGUCUUGCUAUGGGAAUGAGAAAAGAUUUAAUUUUAAAUCAAGAAGAAAUACAACGAAGAAAAGAUUCUGGAAGAAAUCGAAGUACUUCUUCAAAACAUUCAUCAACAAUAGAAUUGACAA